AUGAAGGCCCAGCUAGCUACUAGUUUAGCCAAUCAGCAGUCCAAUGGGUCGUGUGGAGAUAUGUCCUUGCCUAAGGGUAUCCUGCGCCCGCUGAAAGACCGGCCAGACCUGAAGCUGCUGGAGAGCAAGCUGAAGCAGGACACCGACCUCCACAAAAAACUUAAGCUCUGCCCGGCGGAGCGCUACUAUGAUGUGGGGGACCGGGAGUGGUUGGCGGUGGUCAAAGCCCUGAAAGCGCCGGGCUCCCAGAAUACUAAGGCAGAUGUUCUGUCCCGACUGUAUGACACGGAGGAGAGUUCCGUGGAGCCCAGUCUCAUACAUCCGGCGUCGUGUCUGGUGGCACCGGUGGUGUGUGAGGUCGACGCGGACAUCGAGCUGGCGUUACGUAGCGAACCCUCUCCUCCCCAGUGUCCAGAGGGUUGUAAGUACGUACCGCUAGAGAUCUUUGGACCUCCGUUUUUUGGUGAUGAGAAUGCUUAUUUUCUCAGUUUCAAAAGAAACAAAAAGAGCAUUGCUGUGAAUCUCAAAGACCCAAAAGGAACCAAGGUAAUUUUAGAGCUUGCAGGGAUGUGUGAUGUCCUUGUGGAAAACGAUCUACCUGGAAAACUUGAUCAGAUGGGACUUGGCUACGACCAUGUACACAAAGUAGCCCCUAGACUGGUGUAUUGCUCCAUAUCAGGACACACACACACUGGGCCACUAUCCCAGCGACCAGGGUAUGACUCUGUGUCUGCUGUCUCUGGCAUGAUUCACAUCACUGGCCCUGAGGUUGGGGACCCAGUCAGGCCGGGCGUAGCAAUGACCGACCUGGCCACAGUACUCUACACCCACGUGGCCAUCAUGACAGCCCUGCUGCAGAGACACAGGACAGGGAGAGGUGUUCACAUCGACUGCAACCUGCUUUCCACCCAGGUGGCUUGUUUCAUACAUGUUGCUACAAAUUACCUCAACUCUGGGAAGGAGGCCAGGAGAUAG